AUGAAUCCAUUUUAAUAGUUUAUUAACCCAGGACAGCAAUAGUAUUACACUUAAAUGCAACAAUUAUAGUCGAUCCAAUACCUACAAUAUUUGCACCUGCUUAGCACUAUUCAAAAUAAUUGUACAAAUCAAUAAAAUGUUCAGAUCCCUUCACUGAAUCCUCUUUAAUAAUUUUCUCUUCUUUCUUAAUCAUCUCAAAGAACAAUACCCUCAGCCCAAUAGCCUGAUAUUCGUACUAAGAAAAGUUAAUCUGAAAGAGUCUUACCAAAAUAGAAGAAAGAAAAUGAAAUUCUUAAAUAAUUUUCACAAGAUCAAAUUUUACAAGAACUCAAGCAAUUUCUAGAGUAUUUGAGCAAAAAUGAAGUUAAGGAAAUGGAUGAGAGUGAAAAAAAUCGAUACGCAAUAUUGACAAAAAUAGAUGAUUCUUUAAUAGACACACUUAUCAAUCGAUAUUAAAAAUAAAAAAAAACUAAAGAAGAAUAGAUUAAGUUUAUCAUAAGAAAGUGCUUUAAAUAUCUCAAAUAAAAGAUGAAUUUAAAUGAGUUGACGAUGAGUGCAUAUGAAAUAGAAAAGGUCUUCUAUAAGGAGUACUUCAUGACUGACGAGAAUAUUGAAGACUUAAUCCCCUUUCGAUAAGAAUCCUCAAACAAAACAAUGAAUAAUUCCUUCCUAAAGAAAAUUUUCUCCUCUGAAAAGUUUUAUUAAGGAUACCUUGAAUAUUUAGAAAACUUUGAUGAAAUAUGGGAUUAAGAAAAUACUGAAAAGAUUUAGAAUAUGACCAAAUAAGUAAUGAAAUUUAUUGCAUCUGGAUAAAUCGACAAAAUAUCCUCUUACAAAAGAGUACCAUGGAUUUCGUCUAUGAAAUAAAGAUGUUAUGAAUUAGCUGUUUCGUUUAAAGCAUACCAUGAGCAAGAGGAAACAAACAAAAAAGUUAAAUUAGAAUGAUAAUAUUUUAUUUAAUUUGCAUACACAAAACCCCCUUUUUA